AGCUAACAUUUGCAGUUUAUGAAAAACGAGCGUAUAAAAUUUAUUUCCCACACGAAACCGUGGGCUAGCCUUGAAAACAAAACAUAAAAACAGGAGAAGAGUAUGUCCUCUGUCCUCUUUCAAAGUUAAUAAUCGCGUCCAAAAUUAGGGUUUUUCUUCCUUUCAAGUUUCAACAUCAAAAUCUCAGUUCUCCUUCACAGCCUUCCUCCCCUCAUAUUUCUACACUUUUAGAAUUGUUCCUUCUCCCCGUGAAUCGGAAUUUGUAAUUUCCGAAUUGGAGCAAUCGAAGGAAGAGAUAAGAGAGAGUAGGCUCGAAUAUUUUCAGAAACAAGAGAUUGAAGAUGGGUUCUGAGCAGAACGAGGGCACGAGCUUUCCUCCCUCUGAGCCAAUUCUCUGCGCUAAUGGAUGUGGAUUUUUUGGGACGGCGGCCAACAUGAACCUUUGUUCCAAGUGCUACCGCGACCUUCGCGCCGAGGAAGAGCAGGCUGCCUCAGCCAAGGCGGCGAUGGAGAAGACUCUUAGUAUCAAAUCCAAAAAAGAGGAUGUUAUCGCUGAUACCCAUGAUGUGGCGAUGCCAGUGGUGGUUCCUAAUCUUUCUGAGCCUGUGGCGGUCUCUGAAUUAUCUUCUUCAUCAUCUGAGCCUUCGGUGGCUGGUGGUGAUCAGGCUCAGCCCAAAGCGGCGAAUAGGUGCUUUAGCUGCAAUAAGAAGGUUGGCUUGGCUGGAUUUAAGUGCAAGUGCGGGAGCACCUUCUGUGGGUCUCAUCGGUACCCAGAGAAUCAUGACUGCUCAUUUGAUUUCAAGGGCGCUGGCCGAAAUGCGAUCGCAAAGGCGAACCCUGUUGUUAAAGCUGAUAAGGUGGAGAGGAUCUGAUCCUCUGUGGAUCGUAAUUUGAAUUUCUUCAUGGGGUCUGGAUUUUCUUGUUUAGUUGUUUUUUUUUUUUUAAAUUAUAGAUUAUUAGUGUUAGUGGGUCAAAGGGUUGGUUUUAAUGCUGGUUUGGUUAGUGUUUAUGGAUAGUGGAAUUAGGAGGAGAAGCACUGGCUGGAUUGGAUGAUUGCAUUGGGGAGAGUUGGGGAGGUUGAUUCCAUAAUAAAAUGGGUCACUUGGAUUGUUUGCUUUUAAAUUGCUUUUUAGCUUUCCUCUUUCGGUGCUGAUACCACUUCUCUGUGUAUCCAUUUCUCUGUUUAUUCAUGUGCUUGCGCUCUGUUUGUAUAUAUGACUAAAAUGUCUUUUUGUACUAUUAUAUUGGCAUCUCCCUGCAUAUCCUCUUAA